AUGUCUCACUGGGUGCUUUUUUCCGCCUUUGUCCUAGCUGUCUUGCUUCUCACCUGCUGGGUUGUCUGUGUUAUCCGACCGGAACUCGAGCGGAUACUUGAUCGCAUGUUCCCGGAAUACCGACCGAAAACAUUGAAGGAAUACCUCUAUGCUGUCAAGCUUGUUCGAAAACGACGUAAGACGCGACUAUUCUACUCUGUUUCCACGGAUGAGUCUAACGAGAGGUUUUACAUGACAGGUCGGUGGACAUGGCCUUCACCAUGGAGAAGAAUCUCAGGCGCGGAAAAGGAUGAUCUCGAGGCCAGAAUACAAGCUGCGAGGCUUGAGUAG